UUUGACCAUACGAUUUGAUUUAGCGUCAGGUUAAAGCACGUAUAUGUCAUGUUUAGUUUAUUGACUAUUUAGACAUAAUAAUGGAAGUGAGUGGUAAUUCACAAAUUUCUCCACAUGAUAAUGACGUAACUGCAGAUUCAGUAUGGAAAUUCAUAAACAGCCCAAUAAUUGCAAUCUUUUCUGACUUGAAAGAUCCUGCUACGGAACAGAUGUUAUGUUCUCUUUUAGAAUCAUUAUUAAGAAGAUCCUCUACUUUAAGCACAGUAUUAGUUCCUUCAUUUAAUAAUGGCAUACCAGAUGAAACUCUGCAACAACAAUAUACAGCAUUUACAACUUGGUUGUUUGGUACAAUGUUUUAUUUGGUAUGUGUGCCAUCGAGCAAGGUGAUACUUUCAAAGAGCAUUGAAGUACAAGCUUGUAUGCUCAGAAUAUUAUCCAGGCAUCAUUUUGGAAUGUUUGAUGCUAUUAGUUCAGAAUAUAUAAAUAUACUUAAUGAGAUAUCAGAGUUUUAUACAAAUAAUGUAGACACAGAAGAAAUGACUCUCUCAAAGUUUCAUACAGAAAAAGAUAUCAUACAGAAUUUAGAUCUAACACCAUUUACUGUAAAAAUUAAUUCAUCACAAAUGCCAUCAGUUCAAGCAUCUAUAUUAAAGAUAAUUAUGAAGUCUGGAGUAUUGGUUUGGGAACAAAUGAAAUUGUGGGACAAAAUUAUAACAAUAGUUGUAAAAUUUCCUCCAGAUUUAAAGAUUGAAGCACUACAACUAUGCACAGAAAUAAUAGAAAAUUGUGUUAUUCGCGAUCGAGAAUUUGCAGCCUUAAUUGCAUAUAGUUUAGAAAUCAUAAAGAAUGUUUCAACUUGGAUUAAUUUGGGUCAAUUACCAGUACAUGCAUUGUCUCAAUUUGCAGAAAUGUUAACAUGUUUAAUACAAACAUCACCAGUUUUACUUAAUGUUAUAGAAUUAUGUUUUCAAGUUAUUGAACUUCUAGCUUCUGGAUUUAUUACACAUCAUGUCAGAACUGAAACAAUAAAGAAAUUGACGGAGGUGACAUGUCAUAAAAUUAAACAAUAUCUAACUACAGACCCAAGAUCCUGUUCUGUCUUAGAAGCUAAGAAACUUUUGGCUUACUUUACAUAUUGUCCGGCUGUCAUCAGUAUUUUUAUGCAAUUUGUUUUUAUUGAUAUCAGACGAGCUGUUAUACCAGAAAGUGUCAAUUUUGCCAUGGAAAUGAGCGAACCAUGGAAAUUAUUAAGAAAGGAAUUAAUGUCUUUUGUACAGAUGAAAAAGUUUACAGAAGUACUAUACAUUAUUAAAGCUUCAUCUCUGUUACAAUUGUGGCUGGAAGAACAGAAGAUUCAAGUAAAACUAUAUGAGAAUGAUUUAAACACUAUACUAAAAAUUCUCAUGCAAAAUUUGAAUUCUGAUAGAUGCCAAGAUGUAGAAAUUAUCUUUCAAAUUUUAAUAAGCCUAAUAGCUCAUAGCGAAUCGAAUAAAGUCUUAUUGCAAACAAUAUUAGCUCUACCAUUUACUCAAGAUUUCAAGGGAUCUGUGGAUAUCAGUCAAAAAAUGGUGCAAAAAGCAAAAUCUCUCAGUGUCGAUACCACGUCAAAAUGUCUUGAAACUUUGUGCGCAUAUGGCAGUAGGAAGGAACGAUUAAAAUUGUUACGCAGAAGUAUACUAAAUGGCGAGAUGCAAGUAGCUAUUGUAGCAGUAUCAAGCAGUGUACUACUGUUGAAUAAGGAGGACAUAACAUUGCAAGAUGUUUGCCAAUAUGUUCUGGACACUGCCUUAUCUUUGACGAAAGUUGAAGUACACGACGUUCUUGCAAGUGUUUUAGGCCAGAUAGCUUGCGUCUCAUCAAAAAAAGGCAAAACUAUUCGUGAAUCAUCAAAUGAUGGAAAAUGGAUGAUACAUUGCGAAUGCUGUACAGAGAAUGCGAAAGAGAAUGCCGAACUUCAAGUGAACUAUCUUCCAAGAACUUACAAUAAUAUUUUUGACACGUAUUUUAAACUACUGUCUUCGACAAAUGUCUCGGUACGUUUGAAUAUGUCUAAAAGUAUCCUGUCUCUCUCAAACCACAUAAAAUCUUUCAACUCGAACGAAGUGACAAAGGAAUGGCUCCCUUACAUAUAUGAUGACAAUGUGGAGAUCCGACUGAAUAUCGCGUCGGUGAUCGGACGAUUACUGAGCAAUAAGAUUUCUAUAUUGGAGAACAACGAAUAUUUACCGGAUUCGGUGCCAGACGAUUUGGACGAAUUUGUUGACUUAGUGAUCAAUGUUAUAGCUAAUACUCUCAUGACUGCGGUGGAUACUUCCAAUCAUUCCUUGCACGAUACACUACUUAUUACUGCGAAGAAUUUCGUAUGUGUUCCACUACAUCUGACAGAAAGAAGAAUUUUAAACGUAUUUCUUUUUACAAUAUUACAUCCAAAUUCAUCGCCUGCAGCCGUAGCAUCUGCCACAGUUGCGUAUCAGGAUGUUGCUGACUUUCUGAAUGUUUCCCCAAAGGCUUUAUACAUCAGAUAUCGAAAGGAUUUUUUAAAGCUUAUAAUGGAACGUGCAGUUUGUAAUUACAUAGAAUUCUCAUAUAAUAUGGCAACUACAGUACAUCGCGUCGCCAAAUGCAUAGGCUAUGAAGGAUCACGUCAUUUGCUACGCAAAGAUGGCCAUUAUGCGAUCUGCUAUCUGAUUGCUUUUAUUGUUGAAAUGCCAAAAGCAAAGGCACUUUUGCAUGAUAUAGCUGAAUUGAUAAACAUGGAUAUAAAGAAAAUGCUCGAAGAAUAUUUUCCGUAUAUUUGUAGUUAUGCUUUCUUGGAGACACCUUUACGAAUAUCUACAGAAUGUUUGAAACUUGUUACAAAAAUCACUGAAAGUAGCCUCGCGCUUCUUACGAAGCGAUCAUUCAUGGAAAUUUUUGAGGAACUUAUGUUAAAUUUUUAUGAAUCUCCUAAGAAGAUAAUAGGCUUUUUAGAAAUCAUUUCAGAAUAUGAUAGCAAUCAUAGAGGAAACUUUACUACGCAAAAGCAAAUUGCAUCUUAUUUGAAUCUACGCUUACACGGUAUAUUAGUAAACUUUGACAUAAAACUUAGUCCCAAAUCAGACGAGUACACGCAACAAUCUGCCCUUGCUUCAUUGGCUGUUUUAAUACAAUACAUGGGUGCUACGUAUUUAACUCCACUUAGAUAUAAAGUUUUGGCCACUUUACGGACUUCACUCGGAUUUAAAAGACCCGGUUUUCCCCGUUUAGUUUGCGAUGCAUGGGAUGCGUUUAUUCACAACAUAGCUAUGGAAGAUCUGGGACCAUUGUUUCCAACAAUAUGCGUAUCGUUAAUGCAGUUGCAGAAAAUAUUUGCUGAAAAAGUCAAUAAUAUGUUAGAGUAUCUGAUUCUUCAAAGUGUUGCAGAAAACAAUAAUCACAUCUCAGAAUUAUUCUUCAUAGAUGACAUAAAAGUUCCUAGUCAUAUCUCUGAUAUAGUCAAGGCGCAUAUACUUCAAGCGAGACCUGAGGGAUUUAAUGCCAAUUUAGAAUUAUGGUUAAAACGAAUCACUCAUGAGACUGACGAGGUGCGAAUCAGGGCUCUAAAACAUUUGCAAGCCUUUCUAGAGAAACACCGCACCGAACUUAAUCAAAUGAUAUUGAGCGAAACUGACGUCCAUCCACUAAUUGUUGAACUAUUAGAUACUUUACUGAUUGGGUGUCAAGAUAAAGAUGAAUCUAUACGCUUAUGUUAUGGAGAAUGUCUUGGAGAAUUAGGUGCAAUCGAACCUAGUCUUCUCCCAAGAAGAAUUAUUUCUAAAGAGGAUAGUAAAUUCAUAUCCGACGUGAAUGAAGAGUUUGCCUGUGCGUUACUCUUUGAACAUGUACGGGCUUUUCAAAUGCAGAAAAACAGUCAGAGUAUGGAUUGCUUUUCACUCGCUAUACAGGAAAUCUUAAGAGCAUACGACAUCUCUCCACAAGGCCAGAAUAGUGAAUUAUGGAAUAAUUUGCCAUCUACAACGCAACAGAUUAUCACUCCCUUUUUGACAUCGCAUUAUAAAAGGAAGGAAGAAGCUAUCAACGAAGAUAAUGAGUUUCCUCAUCCUGUUUAUGGUUCUGAAGCAGGUGCCUCGGUCGAAAGCUGGGCUUAUUACUGGCUUUGCAGUAUGUCCAAUGCUGUACACGAUACAACAUUCAGUAAUGUACUGCAGGCAUGUAAAUUGGCAUUCAAACGGGAUAUGAAAACGCUGACAUUUUGUCUACCGUAUAUCGUGUCCUAUAUAAUCACAAAUAAUAGAGAAGAAGAAAUUUGUAUCAAACUUAAAGAGGAGAUGUUAGCCGUGAUUAACGUCAGGGAAAAGCCCAUAUUAGAUUCUGAACUUUUGCGUCAUCGACCACUUCGGUUCGGCCAGAGUGUGAAAGCCGAUGACAAGAGAAUCUCAGAAGAAACCAGACGUACUCGCUGUUCGCGGGUGGUUUUCAACAUAUUGGAUCACUUGCAAAGAUGGCUUAGAGAACGAAGAUUGUUUCAAGACAACAGAUACGAGGCAAUAAAAAAUUUUUGCAGUAUGCUAGACAGUCUGAUGGUAGCAGAGGGCUGCUACCAAUCACGGGAAUAUCAUCGGGCACUGAUGUAUUUAGAGCAGCAUAUGGCCUCUAGUAAUAAAGGUUUGUCAGAACCGACAGAAGGUGGUUUGCUCGCUAAAAUUUAUGCACAACUCGACGAGCCCGACGGGGUGUCUGGUAUUCUGGCGACUCAGAAUCAAGCCCCCACUCUACAACAGCUAGUUCUAGCUCACGAGGUUAACGGACAGCUUCAGGAUGCGGCUACGUGCUAUGAAAGACUCGCGCAGAAAAAGGAUUUAAAACAUACAUAUUUGCAAGGCAUGAUUCAGUGUUAUCUUGGUCUGGAUCAACCAUUUACUGCCGAGCACAUUACCGAGGGCAUGUUGAGCAGCAGGCCGGAGUUGGAGCCUCUCAUAACUGAGCGUGAGCUCUUUUGGAGACUCGCUCAUUUUUCUCGAUUCGACGAGACCUCGCAGAAAAACGUCAAGCAUGUAUUACUAGACGAUCUCAUAAAAGGUAUCAAACCGGACUUGCUAUCGUUAAAGAAGAAUUUGGUGUCGCUAUUGGAGGACGCUUCUCAACCGGGAGUCUAUCAACAAAGUUACUCAUACAUUAUGAAAUUGCACAUAUUAAAUGAAUUUGAUAAGGCAGUUUCAAUGAUGAUGAACAACGUAGAAGGUCUUCCGGUGAUACUGGAAGAAUGGGAAAAACGCGGACAAUUAUUGAGGACAUCCCGCGGUGUGGAAUUUGUCCUGAGUAUGCGUAGGGCUACUUUAGAUUUAGCUGUACAAUUGCAACGGCAGACUCGCAAUACCGAAAAUUCCACGCUCAACCAGGAAAUCGGUAAAAUUUGGCUGAAGAGUGCGAAAAUCGCCAGGAAAGCUGGUCUGCAUCAACAAGCAUAUAUGCACAUCCUAUCGGCCAGUGAUUCGUGUCCACCGCAACAAUUGUACGUAGAACAGGCUCAAUUAUACUGGCAAAGGGGUUGCCAAGAAGACGCUUUCACUACGUUGAAUCGUAGUUUUGCAAAUUGCUUUCAACCAGCGCAAUAUUACAAGCAGUUGCCUCCCGGUGAAUGUACUGAGGAACAAAAACAGUUCGCAAAGGCGAAGCUACUGUUUGCGAAAUACAACGACGAAACUCUCAACGUCGAUACAGACGGUUGUAUCAUUAACUAUAAAGAAGCGAUAGAUGUGUGGAGAGGAUGGGAGAAAAGUUGGUUAUCUUGCGCUCAAUAUUACGAGGCAGUCAUCGAGAGGAUGCCAGAGGAUGAUAGAGAUAGAAAAAGACGCGAGUUGCAGGUGCAUAUGAUGAACUGUUACGGUAAAUCGCUUCAAUACAGCUGCAAAUACAUCCACCACUCGAUGCCGAAGAUGUUAACCGUUUGGUUGAAUCUUGCUUCUCGUGCUGCAAUCACUUCCGAUCCGAUAGAUGUUGUUACAUCCCGUCAAGACUGCCUGUCAAUAAUGACUAAGAUGAUGGACGCUUACUAUCAGAGAUUACCGAUGUUCAUGUGGCUAACAGCAUUCAGCCAACUUGUGUCUAGAAUUUGUCAUCCGUCUCCGCAAGUGCAGAAUGCUGUUCGCACAAUUCUAGUAAACUUAAUUCUGGCGUAUCCUCAGCAUUGUUUAUGGAUGAUGGCAUCAGUCUUCAAUUCUUCAUAUUCGGCACGACAGAAACGUUGUCAGGAGAUUUUGAAUCAUCCACAAUUAAAAACGUCGGGAAUGUCCAAGCUUAUCAGCGACUUUCACAAACUUUGGGAAAAACUGAUCGAGUUAUCCAAUAAGCCAAUACCAGACAAGAUAUCAAACACUACAGUGGCUCAAUUGUCGAAAAAUUUACCGAGGUUACUCGCGAGCAAGGAUUUCAGUCCAAUCAUGAUGCCAACAACAAAAUUCAGGCAAUUGCAUCUUCCAUCUAAAAAUGCUUCGCUAGAUAAUUACAAACCGUUUCUUUUGAGAUGGGCGCACAUAACGAAAAUAGAAGAUGACGUGAUGAUAAUGCCAUCGCUACAACGACCACGACGAAUUACCUUGAGAGGAUCGGAUGGCAAAAAGUACCUUUUUAUGUGUAAGCCGAAGGACGAUUUACGAAAGGACUUCAGAUUGAUGGAAUUUAACGACAUCGUCAACAAGUAUCUGCAAAAUGAUCCUGAGUCACGUCAAAGGAGGCUCUAUAUAAGAACAUAUAGUGUGGUGCCGCUAAACGAAGAGUGUGGUUUGAUAGAGUGGGUACCGAACCUAAUUGGUUUCCGACCUACCAUUAUGAAUCUGUAUAAGGAGAAAGGCAUCGCACUUACAGCUGGAGAACUUAAAACGAUGCUAUGUGCGUUGACAGACACGUUAGAAAAAAAGAAGGAAAUAUUUCUGAAGAAACUAUUGCCACGACAUCCAGCUGUGUUUGGGGAAUGGUUUCGCAUUAUGUUUCCUGAUCCAUAUGGAUGGUACGAAGCUCGUACAGCAUACAUCAGAACUACCGCUGUUAUGUCCAUGGUGGGUUACAUUCUCGGACUUGGCGAUCGUCAUGGAGAAAAUAUAUUGUUCGACUCCAAAUGCGGAGAUUGCGUGCACGUUGAUUUCAAUUGCUUGUUUAAUAGGGGUGAACAGUUUGAGUGGCCGGAACGUGUACCAUUUCGCUUGACCCAUAAUAUGGUGGAUGCUAUGGGUCCCCUAAAAAUUGAAGGACCAUUCAGACGUGCCUGUCAAAUCACCAUGCGAGUACUUCGACAACAAUCGAGCACAUUGUUGAGCGUACUCACGCCUUUCGUAUAUGACCCGCUUGUUAGUUGGAACAGAAAUCAGGUCGGCGAUGUGGCUGAAAAAACAAAUGAAAAGGCUGUAGAAAAUAUAAAAAACAUCGAACAACGAUUGAAAGGCUUAAUUCGAUAUCCCAGAAGAAAGGCUGAAAAUAUCGCGCUACAUCUCAGCGUCGAGGGACAGACUAAUCACUUGAUUUUGGAAGCGAUGAAUGUUGAUAAUCUAUGUCAGAUGUUUAUCGGUUGGGGUGCAUAUUUGUAGCGAGCGUCUCGAGCAGGAUUA